AUGUUAGGCAAGAGUUCGCCUUUCAAAAAGUUUGGACACAGCAGAGGAGGCUCAACAGAAGAGCAGCAUUCGAGGCUUUUGCAUCGGAGAACAGCAUCCGCUGGAAGCCAGCAACCUCCCGUCUCCGGUCACACAAGAAAUGCAUCGCGCUCUUCCAACACAUCAGUUAACUCUAACUUUCUUGCGGAGCAAUAUGAACGUGACAGAAGGGCAAUUCUAAACAGCUGCUUCGGUCCGGAGGAGGCAACGGGCCAUGCGCAAGCCAAGACAUACAUUACCCAUGUGAGAAUUAUUGAGGACUCGCGUUUUCCUAGUUCAAAACCUCCCAGAGGUUCAUCGCUCGCCAACAAGAAGAAAAGGGUGCUUUUAGUGAGUUCGCUCACAGACGGGGGAGGUAUGCAGCUCCACAAGGCUCGCGAAAACAACAAUGGCAGCUUUCAAAUUGGACGAACCUGGGCACUCAAAGAGCUCUCUUGCAUCGAAGCUGAUACUGAUCAAUCUGAAGGAUUUUUGCUUACUAUGGGCAAACGAUACUACUGGGAGACUAACUCAGCUAAGGAAAGGACUGUAUUUAUCCGGACUCUAGUCAAAGUAUUUAUGGAAGAUACUGGUGGCCAUGUUCCUCGACUUGUUAAUUGGGAUCUAUCCAUGUUCUAUCUCGACGAAAGCAGCUACCACAAAGCGUUGAUUCCCUCCGCCAGUGCUCAAGCGCAAUCUACAAAAUCAGCAACCCAAAACAGCCGAGUUGUUUCUGGGCAAAGCUUAAACCCUGCAGCUCCUAUAAAGCCAGUAAAACUUCCCCCGAUUUCUACCUCUCGCGCUCCUGCCGACCGCCAGCAAAAUCAAAACCUUAGCUCGAUCGGCAAUGCGUCACCAGAGCCACAAAAGAAAGACACAGCAUCAAAGAAGUCGGACCAGGUACCAUUAACGCCGCAUGCUUCAUCGACUUCUAACGCGAGGCACUCCAAGCCAUUGGAGAAAUCGCCUUAUUCCCCCUCAAAACGCACCGUCCAAGACCUUGCGACCUCUGAGGCCGAUUCGCCUCUUAAACACUCGAGCGAAGUGGGCUCUACCAGCGUUCAGCAUGUUCGUUCAAAUGAGGAGCUAAGAUCCCAGACAUCUGACGCCUCCAAUUUCCUUUCAGAAUUAAAUUCUGUGCUCACAGCACCAACUCUUGACUUGGAGUCAGCGAAAGUUAGCACGGCAUCUCACUCAACGCAAGAAAAAAAUGUUGCAGCAUCAGGCGUGGCAGGAUCCUCGAGCGAGCUCUCACAGUCACUAAGAUCAACCGCUACGGCCGCACCUGUCCAUGCUGCCGCUUCAAUACAAAACGAGGAGCUCAGAAGAGACGGUUCAUCAGAUAAUUCUUUUGAACAAAAUGAAAGAGUUAUGGUAGAAGGCUCUUCGCAGAUUAAAAAAGCACAACCAGUUAUGUCCGAUGAAAGUGACUUGAAUGAUCUUAGGGAUGAAGACUUCACAGAGCUUUACCAGUCUGCUUCUUCUCAUGAAGAUAAGGGAUAUCAAGAUUCAAAAAGAGAAAAUGAAGAAACCCAUGACCUAUCAUUUGAAAAAGGUGAUGAGGCUCGGUAUAGCCAAAAUUUUGACAGCGAAAAAUCUACUUCUCACGCAUAUCAUGAGGUCACAACGAUUAGAGAGGAGCCACCCGCCAUUUCUUCAUAUAAUGAAAAUGCAACUGAGCCGACUGAAAUGCGAAAAGUUCGCACUGACGCUGAAAACCAAGCGAUAAUGGACAUAUUAGACGACAUAAACUGGAGUAUUGAUGAUGACUCAUCAGAGCUUUUAUACAAGCUUAAUAAUAAGCUAGCAGAGACCGAGUACAACCUUAACCGGGAACUUUCCUCUCUUUCACGGUAUAGCGCAAAUUUCUCAUCGUGUCAAGAUCAAGUUUUUCGAAAAUGUGAGCAGCUGGAUCCCACGCUAUCUUUCUUUGUUAUGGAACUGUCAACCGUUUCCCGAGACAUUGAGUACGUGGAAAAUCAAUCAAAUGGUCUUCAAGUUGAAAGUGCCAACAAAAAGUUGUUAUGGAAGGAGCUUUCUGACGUUUUGAGCUCCGUGUCAGUCGACGAAUCAACGCUCAACAAGCUCAUCGCUUUACCUCUGACUGAACGGAACCUUGCAAUGGUGGAGGGGCUGUUACGUUCAUUGCAUACUGCUUUGAAAGCUAUAAGAGGAGACGAAGACGAAGAGAGGCUUAACUUGGGGACUAUGAGGGCUUUAAAAGAAAGACGGCAAGCGUACGAUAAGGUGACUGGGAUGUUCAUGAAACGCGUUGCUGAUGAAACAGAUAAAAAAUUCAGAAAUCUCCACCAUGAAGGUCUUUCCAACGAACAAUUAGCCAAUGCCUUUUCCAGGCUAUUAAUGUUCUCUUCCCUAGUGCUUUUUUGCAAGGAUACUUCUCUCGAGACCUAUUCGAAUAUAAUUGAGGCUUCUGUACAUGAAAUGGAAGAUCUUCUUGAGAAACGAUUCAAUCCAUUGUCAGAAUCCCUAAAGCUGCACAUCCGUGCCAAUUUACAGGCCUCUUUUUUUGUUGGUAAACCCUCUGAUCGAGAAGCGGCCGCGCGAUUCGAAAACAAUGAAACAACAAAACAGUUUUUACCCCAAGAACCAACGAAUUCUGGAAAAGUUGAUGAGCUGGUCUCUUCUUUGCUUGUUCUGGAGAAUCUAUGUAUCACAUACCAAAAUUUUGUGGGAGCAUUUUUUCAUAUCGGGGAUAGCAUCGGUUUCGAAGAGUACACUUCUGCAUCUCCAGACCCUAAUGACCGGAUCCAGCCUUUGGCUUCUAUUUUGCCAGUCGAAUCGGAUCGUCAAUCAGCAGCCCUAAAAACACACCUUGUCACAAGAGUGUUCCAAUCCGUGUUCAAUAAUUUUUUUGAUGAUAUUCUCCUCACUAUUGGAUCUCAGGGCUCGCUUUUACUGACCCUUUGUGUAUUCAUGGAGAACGAAGCUGCUCGUCUGAAAGCUUCCAAUCAAGAAUUUUUGUUAUCGACACUUGAAAAGCUGUUCGGCAAAUUUGCUCAAGAGUGGCAGGAGUACGUUGAUAGCCAGGCGGGGGCCGCGGAGAGAGCAGUUUUUGAAAAAGGAAGUAAAUCGGUUUCUCCAUAUGCUCUUGGAUUCGGGAUUUUUGUUGGUUUGAUGGAAGACGAAAUGCAUUACCUGGCCAAGCUUCUAAAGUCAUCCCCUGAACGUUUCACAGAGUCGCGAAAACUACUCAAUGCGUCUUAUGCUCAGCUGGGCAAUUCAUUGGUCAAAUUUUUGCGAAAGGGCUUGGAUGGCUCCGCACAAAACGGCAUGAUCAGUUCUACAAGAAGUUCAGGUAGCAAUGCCGAAUGUGUUUCUCUGCUUUUCAACUCAAACUGGCUCAUCGAGGUGCUGCCGACAUUCGGAAACGAGGCCUUUGUAGACUGCUUUCAAGGUGUCAAAGAAAUUUUCGAUACCGAAAAAGAAAGAUAUGCUGAGAGCCUGUUACGCACCACUAUGAGCCACUUGUACAGUUUCGUUGAGGGCGCAUACGCGCUCACUGAUACUUCAAAGAUUCGUUCCGUCAACCCUUCUCAAUGGGCAGCUUAUAGCCAGCAAAACCUAAGCAAGAUCCUUGAAAGGUAUACCUCUCAAGAGAUUACUACCCUUAUUGAUAAGCUCUUUGACUACGUGAGCAGAGAUUUCCAGAGAAAUGGAGACAGUUUCAUCACUGGUAGGCUUUGUGAUAAGUUGUGGUCUUGUAUUCAAGGCCAAACUGUCUCUCUAUAUCUGAAACUUUACACAUUGAUAGACAAGCACUAUAAGGGCACGUCAGUGAGGUUUACUAAAAAUGAGAUAAUAACAGCCUUUAACAAAUACAAAGCCACCUAG